AUGAAGAAAGUCACGCAAGGCACAAUUGAAAAUGGAUGCGUUAGUUUAGAACAAACUGAAAUGAGCUCAGUUGAUUAUAAUAAUCCGGUCGAUACGUCUAAUGCUCUCGUAUUACCAGUGAAGACGAAAAAGAAAAAAGUAAAGAAAGCGGAUGAUAAAGUAAUCAACCGGAAGAAAGAUGAAGCGAGAAAAAGACGACUGCAAGAAACAGAAGCUAAAAUAUCUAAAACUAAGCGGAAGAAGCUAGUGAAAAUAAUGCAGAGGAAGGAAAAGAAAGAAUCGAGAGAAUCACUACUGGAAAGUUUGAUGCAAUAUCAAUUACCCACCGAAACAAUGAGCAAACUCACUGCAGAAGUUCAUCCGAGAAAGCCUGAUAAAUCAGAGGAAAGUCUCGUGCCAAAGAAAUUGUCAAAUCUAGCGGGUCGUAAAUGUAUCCCUUUGCCGGAGCUGAAGAAGCAGCCGGUACAAGAAAAUUAUUAUGAGACUGGGAGUGAAAGUGAAGAGGAGGUUUCGCUUGUUGAAGAGGUAGCAGCAAUGAACGCAGAAUCAUCGAAGUGCACCAUAGGCGAAGUGCACCGUAACGACAUGGGGGAAAAAGAAGUUGAGGAUAAUACGGACGAAAGACAAAAAAACUUGACUAACCAAAAUACAGAUGGGAACAAAAUAAAGAUCAAAUGCAGUGAAAUGCAUUUGCAGGAACCAAGUACUUCGGAGCUGGAUGUUGCAAAUUUACCGGUUAAAAUAUUAUCCGUCAAGAACAAAAUUUCGAUAUUAAAAAAUUCGCAGAAAAGCAACUUUGUCCUCGUUCAUCGCAGCGAAAGUGUUGAAGCACAGCGGUCAAAGUUGCCUAUAUAUGCUGAAGAACAGAGUAUUAUGGAAGCUAUAAAUGACAAUUGCGCAACGAUAAUAUGCGGUGAAACUGGUUCUGGAAAAACAACACAAUUACCUCAAUUUUUGUAUGAAGCUGGUUAUGCCCGUGACGGUAAAUUGAUAGGAAUAACUGAACCUCGACGCGUAGCUGCCAUAAGUAUGGCAGCACGUGUAGCACAAGAAAUGAAUCUACCAAAUGCAGUCUCAUAUCAGAUAAGGUAUGAAGGUAAUCGGUCAGCCGAAACAUCCAUUCUAUUCAUGACGGAUGGCGUCUUAAUGCAAGAAAUACAGAAAGAUGUGAUGCUUUCAUCGUAUUCAGUUAUUAUCAUCGACGAAGCGCAUGAACGAUCAAUGUACAGCGAUGUGCUUAUUGGUUUGUUGACACGAAUAGCACCUUACCGCUUUCGUGUAGGCUCGCCAUUAAAGCUUAUUAUCAUGAGUGCAACUUUACGUAUAGAUGAUUUUAAAAACAAAAGACUUUUUCCUAUAUCGCUGCCACCUGUAUUAAGCAUUGAUGCAAGGCAAUAUCCAGUAUCUAUCCAUUUUGAAAAGCGGACACCAGAAAAUUACCUCACUGCUGCGUUUCAUAAGAUAUGUAAAAUUCAUGAAAAGAAAGGUCCUGGGACGAUAUUGGUUUUUCUUCCCGGAAGAUUAGAGGUUAUGGUCUUGUUAAAGUGGCUUGUGGAACGCUAUACAAUCAGGCAGAAAAGUUGUAAAAGAAAAGGAAAAAGAGUUGGAGGAGAAAAGUUGAAGCAGAAUAAACUGGAAUUGAAGAAGAAAGUUUUGAAUAGAUCAAAAACGACUGAAAAAUCUGCGGAUGAAGAGUUAACAGACGAUAGGUUCGCUGAUGCUGAUAAUUUUGAUUGUGAUGAUACUGGCUCUGAAAUAAAUGAAGUCAGUUUUUGUCCUGAAACUUCACGCCCUCCAAAUUCAUCAGUCCUUCCUCUUUUCUGUCUACCACUCUAUUCGCUGCUCUCCAGUAAAAAGCAGCAGCGGAUCUUUGAACCGACUCCAGAUGGGCACCGGAUGUGCGUAAUUGCAACAAACGUGGCAGAAACAUCUCUAACUAUUCCUGCUGUGCGAUAUGUUGUCGACAGUGGUCAUGAAAAAAGACGUCAUUAUGAUCCGGUAACUGGUGUUUCUCAAUUUCUUGUAAGUUGGAUUUCGCAGGCAUCAGCCGAUCAGAGGGCUGGACGUGCCGGACGUGUUCAACCUGGCGAAGUCUAUAGGUUGUAUUCCUCAGCGGUUUAUUCUGAUUUCGAGAAAUUUAGUCCACCAGAAAUACUUUCUAAACCGGUUGAUCAACUUAUGCUUCAUCUGAAGUCGAUGAACAUCAUUAAGAUUGCGAAUUUCCCUUUUCCAACACCACCUGAUAAAGAUUCGCUGGAAGAAGCUGAAAAGCGUUUGAUUCGUUUGGGUGCCUUGCAAGUGACGGUCAAGAAUAACGUGAAAGAAGCGCGAAUUACUUUGCUUGGAAAAACACUAUCUAUUUUCCCAUUGGCACCAGCCUUUGCAAAGAUACUUGUGAUGGCAAAUCAACAUUCUUUGAUGGCUCAUGCUUGCUGUUUGGUUGCUGCACUGUCAGUUCGAGAACCACUCAUUCCUCUUUAUUCAUUAAGGGGUGGAAAUGCUGAAGAAACGCAGACCUUGAUGCUUGAAGCAUUAAAGCAAAGGCGAUCAUGGUGUCCACCUGGUCAAGCGCGGAAUUUCGGCGAUCUGACUGUCAUCUUGCGAGCCAUUUUGGGUGCUGAAGCAUCAGAAGGAUCUGGAUCUGAAGUGGAAUGUAAUCGGUUGGGAGUUCGUCGUAAAGCGCUUAUUGAAAUUCGAAAAUUACGUCAGCAGUUGGCUAAAAUUAUCAAUUCUAAAUGUCCACAAGAUAAGCCGUUUACGGUAAAGGUAGAUAUGGAGCCACCCACUGAUAAAGAAAUGCUAAUGUUAAGGCAAAUCGUGACUGCUUCACUUACUGAUAAUAUAGCCAGAAGAGUGGAUCCAAUAGCGACUGAGAAUGUACCCAAGGGGGCAUAUCAGUCUCAAAAAUUAAAGGACUAUAUUUACAUCGAUCCAAGUUCUAUAUUAUUCAAGGAUGAACCAGAUUGGGUGCUCUAUCAAGAAAUCAUUGAGCGGAAAAAUAAAAAAUAUAUGCAAAAUGUGAUUUGUGUUGAGGAGAGUUGGUUACCUCGUUUGGCGAAUAAUUAUUGCCAUUUUACGCCAAUUAAGGAAGCUGAGCCACGAUAUGACCCAGUGACAGAUACUAUUCUCAUUUUUAUGAAUGGAACAUUCGGCGAUAUGUGUUGGCCUUUAGGCAAAGUUGAACAGUCAUUGCCUGUUAAUAUCAAUCUGUAUCGUUACUUUGCUCAGUUCUUCCUCGAUGGUUCAGUUUGUCCACCUUUAGCAAUUUAUGCUGACAAGCUUCUACUCUCACCAAACACAAUGACGAAACCAUGGGCAAAAUUACAGUUGCGGACAGAAAAGCUGCUUAAUGCAUUAAUUGAAUAUGAAGUGACGAAUCGAAUACGUUUACUGGAAGUUUGGAAGAAUAAAAGUGAAUACCUUUUGGAUGAAUAUCUCGAAUGGCUUCCAAAAUUCCUACAUGAAAAAGUUCAGAUGAAUUGGCCCCCGAACUAA